AUGACCGGCCUUGUCGAUUCUCUCAUGGAAAACUUCUACAUACCGCCUAUUAUUUUAAACAAGAGAAUCCCAGCAGACAAGAGCAAGCCGGCUGUGCAUGUCUGUGUGGAUGGCAAGCAACGCCUCUCGUCUGUGCGUGCGUUUGUCAAGGGGAUGAUACCCUGCCACGACUUUCGAGGGGAAAAGUGGUCAGUAUUGCUGCUGCGUAUGGAAGAACGUUUUGCUAAUACCAGUAGGUGGUUCUGCGACACUCCCGGUAGCCGCCGAAAGAAAGUACUCCCAGAAGAAACCCAAAAGACGUUCCUACGCAAAGAAUUCGUAUCUUUUGAAUUCAAGGAGCUCUUACCCGACCAAGAGGAGGAUCUUUUCGCCAGAGUCCAAAUGGGUGUCCAGCUCAGCCUUGCUGAGAAGAUGCGUGCAUCAACAGGCCCGUGGCAGGAACUGGCAAGACUCUUUGUGGAUGACUUUCCUGACAUCUACUCGCUGAUGAAGGACCGAGCACGGGCCAAAGACUUUCAAUUAACGUUGUCGUGCUUUAGUCAGAUUGUGGAAGUCAUGCAUCCAACGGCGUCUGACGGCAUCCCGAUCCUGAGAACUAACUAUAACGCACUGCCUAAGCUGCUGAGCAACAAAGCCGCAGUUGACGAUGCACUAAAGUCACACCUGGCAAGUGUGUGGAACAUAUUUAAGGAACUCAUAGAUAUGGAUCCUGAUACAUUCACCAAUGCCAGCAAGUGGCUGCGCGGAGUCCAGACGUUCGCGCCUGUCGAGAUGGUCGCUGUCGCAGUCCUCAUCUCAAUGUACUCUGACACGCGAAACAAGAGACUGCUCUUAGGCGACAUCCGAGCACUUCGAGAGGCUAUCCGUGAGAACUUCAACGACAUCAGGAUGAACACGAAAGAGUGGUCCUUCAUAUGGAAAUACAUUGAAGAGCUCGAAGCCAUUAGAGUAAAGCAUCCGAGGCCUCUGUUCGCCAGUACCACCCAUGCUGCUGAAAUGCAACCCAGCCAGCUUGGUGCUCAGCUCGCACACCCCGAUGCAUCGAAGUCCAAUCGCCCCAUCUUUGAAUAUACGGCCUCCACUUACAACGUCUUCGACAUCGCCAUUGAUCAGUGGCAGUCGGUCGCAUACUCCCGUCAAGAACGCUGCAACCUUGAAAACCGGCUAUGGAGCAUAUUCCUCGAAAAUUGCGGAGGAGCAAUGGGCUGGCGAAAUUCGAUCUGCAUCCCCAACGCCCGACCCGGUAUCUACGUUGUCUUCCAAGAGACGUCGUAUGACGGUGCCAUUGAUCUCACGAGCGACUCAGAGCAAGAGCAAGAGCGCCAGAAUCUUCUGUUAACAUUCAAGGCAAAGGCAAUUGCGGACCGUAAGAAACAAUUGCAGCAGAAUGCUGCCUCUUCCCCGAGUCGUCCAGAAUCUUCAUGA